UGCUAAGAGCAAAAGUUACCCGUCUGCCCAAGGCCCGCGUCAUCUGCCAGGAGACUUUCAUUGGAGACGCAGCGUGCCCUGAGCUGAAGUUUGAUUUCGUAGGAUUACUUGCGCUGCAGAAUUAAGUCAUCACCAUGCGUCGUGCAGAGAUACAGGUGCCAUCACAACCCUUGGGCUUGGUGGACUUGCCCGUCCCUGAGCCCCCUUCGGAGGGGCUGGUCGUGAAGACUACGUAUGCUGGCGUGUGUCACACUGACGUCCACCUGUGGGAUGAUGAGAUGGGGCUGGGUAACGGGAAGGUCACUCACUUCAGCGACAACCCAAACUACAACUUCCCCAUCGUACCAGGUCAUGAAAUCUCUGGAGUGGUCCAUUCCCUUGGACCAAACCCAGGACCAAACGCUCCGGACAUUAAGGUUGGGGACAAGGUAAUCGUCUUCCCGUGGAUUGGAUGUCGUAAUUGCGGCCUGUGCAAGAACGGAGACCCCCAGCUCUGCCCAGAGGCAUGGAAUUCACUGGGUAUGGGGGCACCUGGUGGCUAUUCCACGUACGUCCCCGUGCCAGAGCGCCAGUACGUGAUCAAGGUGCCCGAGUCAAUGCCAAUGGACACCGCCACCAUGUUGCCAUGUAGCGGUCUGACCACCUUCCACGCCGUGAGCGCUGUCAGAGCCACCGUGGAGAAGAUGGUGGCACUUAAAGGCAGUGCCAGUCUGCUUAUCAUCGGGGCUGGAGGUCUUGGUCUGUGGUGUAUUCAGAUUGCCAAGGCUGUCCUGCCUCCGCAAACCAGAGUGAUCGUCGCCGACAUUACGACGGAGAAGUUGGAAACCGCCAAGGCAGCUGGUGCCGAUGAUGUGAUCCUAUGGGACGUUAAAGGCACGGAAGAAGACAUGCUGGCCCUUACUAAGAAAGCAGGAGGGGGUGGUCUGGACGCUGCUAUUGACCUGGUCAACGCCGGCCCUACUACGACCAGGGCACUGAACGCUCUCCACCACGGUGGUAUCCUUGGCAGUGUUGGCCUGUUUGGUGGCUGUCUGAACAUCCCUCUCCCCGUCUUUGCCUUGAAGACGCAGUGUGUUAGAGGGGUGUACGUGGGAAACCCGCAACAACUUAAAGACCUCGUGGCACUGGUUGAUCAGAGAAAGCUGAAACCUCCUCCACUUGUGUUCUACGAGCUGGAUCAGGCGACAGAAGUCCUUGGGCUUUUGAAGAAAGGACAAAUAAAGGGCCGCGCCAUUCUGAAACUCUAGAAACAAGGCCGCACGAUUGUAGCAGUAGAAUAUAAUCAGAAGUAGAACUGUAUAUUCAUAACUAGUUAAACAGGAGAAUAUAAAACGGUUGUUCAUUUUUAACGAGUUAACGUGGAAAUAUGUACGUAUAUUGUACGGGGCCGUAGGAGGAGAAAAAACGUUUGGAAUCAGUUGCCGAAAGCCUUCAUGAUAUUGGUAUAUUUGUACUGCACGUGUGCACCAGAAGGAAAGCAAGAGACAUAAAAGACUGGAAGAAAGAAAAGGUUACCACGUAAUAAAGAUACACCAAAAAUAUUUUUCAAAAAUCUCUGGAAGAGGGGAAGGGAGCCAACCUACCCCCCCCCCCCC